CAGAACGUUGUGGUGAGCGUUUCACUGGGAGCGGCGGCGCGCAUUUUUCUAGUUUCUCCAACAAAUGCGGCAGAGUCGGCAUUAGAAAUCGGCAUCGCCUAGUGAAGUGAAUUAAGUAAUUUUGCAGAAACGAGGCCAAUCCAAAUCAAUGGGCAGGCAAAUCAGAUCGAAGCAUGUCCAGACCACGUUCGAAGCCGUUCUCAUUACGCCAACAACAGGAGAGGCCGCAACGAGAGUCUGCUAAUUGGGGCACGUUGAAUGUGGAUGUGGAUUUGGAUGCGAUCGAUAUUGAGACCGGGAUCGAGCCAUGUCUUCGCGGCGCAGCUCCUUUCGGCGCAAAGAGAGGCCGGCAUUUGAGCGCUUCAAGGAUCACUGCCGACACUUUACGGCUUUCAUGUUUAGCAAUGUUGGCAUCAUACUCCUAGUCACAUUCUAUACGAUCGGCGGCGCCUUCAUCUUCCAGGCCAUCGAAAUAUUCGAAUACGAGAAACUGAAGACAGUCAAACCGCAUCGCUUCAUUGAGCACAAUGUGAGUGGGGAUUGCCUGAGUCGCAUCUGGGAGCUGACAGCUGAGAAUAUUAGUUUCUUCGAUCGGCACGCGUACAGAAAACAUGUCAACGCUGUGCUGCUGGAUUAUCAGCGAGCUGUGGUGAAGAAACAGCUCCGCGGACCCGAUGUGGAUCAUCAGUGGAGCUUCUCGGGCGCAUUUCUCUACUCGCUGACCGUCAUCACGACCAUUGGCUAUGGCAACAUAACGCCUAGCUCCGAUUGGGGAAAGCUGGUGACCAUACUAUAUGCCAUUAUUGGCAUGCCACUAUUUCUGCUCUAUCUAUCCAACAUAGGCGAUGUGCUGGCCAAAUCAUUCAAGUGGAUCUACUCCAAAGUCUGUCUCUGUCGCAUUUGUCCGGGCGUGGCCAAGAGGCGUAUAAUACGCGAGCGUCGCAAACUGCGUCAGUUGGCCAGAGCACUGGAGCAGCACAAAAUGGAAAGCGCGCGGGGCAGCAGCAGCACUAGUUGCUCGAGCAGCUCGAACAACAGCAGCAGCAUCAGCAGCAGCAGUACUGAUUACAGCAAGAGUUCGGCGGCGGCGUCCAGUGUGCUGGAUGUGCCUUAUAGUGAUUCGGAUUCGGAUAUUGAGCGAGAGAUACGCGGCAGCACAGACGAGAUAACGGUGCCCCUAACAGUGUGUAUCUUUGUGAUGGUCAGUUAUAUACUAUCGGGUGCCAUACUUUUUGGACGCUGGGAGGAUUGGAACUAUCUGGAUGGCAGCUAUUUCUGUUUCAUCUCAUUGAGCAGCAUCGGAUUUGGUGAUUUGGUGCCGGGUGAUCGUGUGAUAACCGCCGAUAAAGACAAGGUCGAGUUGAGCUUCAUUUUGUGUGCCGUUUAUCUACUGCUGGGCAUGGCCUUAAUAGCCAUGUGUUUCAAUUUAAUGCAGGAACAAGUCAUUCACAAUAUGCGCGCUAUAAAGCGUGCUUUUAAGGCCUGCUUCCGUUGCCGUAGCUCUUAGCCAAACAUUUGUUGACGUACAAAGCCAAAAUCAUCAAGCACAAUAUAUGUAUAUAAGUUAUCAGUUAGGCCG